UGAGUAGACACUCGUUUGGUUUCCGGUGUGAGUGUCAAGGGUGCCACAAGGGUAAGGUGCCACAGUGCCGGGCUCUGCGUCUCUGUGGCAGGACCGUUGCUGGCGAGGCUACUGCGGUCUUCCAUCAGUCACUCCUUCACCGCCUCCGUCAGCCAUUCUCGAGGAUGGUGUUGCAUAUCGUCGGCUCCUUCGUGGGGCUGAUCAAGGCGAAGCUACACACCAACGUUGACGGGACAAUCUUCCGCCUUCACUACCGAUGGACAACCUCUUUCUGCUUCCUGGCGUGCGCUCUCGUCUCCGCCACAGAAUACAUCGGUAACGCCAUUCAGUGCAUCGAAGGCAGGGGAGUUCCUUCGCCUAAAGCCAUGAAUACCUUCUGCUGGAUCUCCGGGACUCACACCAUCAACACUACUAGUGGUAACGCCACCCACUACUCAUCGCGGGGAACAGACUACCUUGGCACUGGAAACUACGACCCCAAUACACACGAGCUUACAGUCCACUCCUAUUACCAGUGGGUGCCCUUCGUCCUCUUCUUCCAGGGCUGCCUCUUCUAUCUGCCUCACUUGCUAUGGAAAAUGGUCGAGGGCAAAACAGCCGACAACCUCCUUCAGGGUCUCCAGUUCGAUUCCAUGGACGAGGAAAGAGAAAAGAAGAAGACCAACAUCGUAAAUUACCUGAAGGCGUCCGCGGGCCACAACGUUCACUACGCCAUCACCUACCUGCUUUGCGAGGCCCUCAACUUCGUGAACGUGAUCGUGCAAAUGGUGCUCCUGGAUAAGUUCUUCCAGGGCGCCUUCCUCGAUUUUGGCCUGAAGCUGUUCUCCCCGGAAACCAGCUCUGCCGCUAUCGUCAGCACCUUCCCCCGCGUGACCAAAUGCACCUUCCAAUACUACGGGCCGUACGGGAAACUGACGACCCUCCGACACCAGUGCCUCCUGCCGCAGAACAUCAUCAACGAGAAGGUCUUCAUCGCCAUGUGGUUCUGGCUCGUCGUGCUGGCCACCAUCACUGCCAUUGAGCUCGUAUGGCGCGUAGCCGUGGCCGUGAGCCCCAUGGUCCGCCUACAACUGAUGGAGCGUCGUGGUAAGCUGGCAGCCGACCCCAACCUGGAGCGAGCCAUCAAGCGCAUGCACCUCGGCGACUACUUCCUCCUGACCGUCCUCGGCAUCAACCUGGACGCCGGCAACUUCAAGGACGUCCUGCUCAAGUUCACCAACUGCUAUGACAACAGCAUCCACCCCAACGACCCCUCCUACCGCCCCUACAACAACCUGGACGAAGUGGACGAGGGGAUAAGCGAGGCUGCUGUGUGAUAGACGGACAGGACAUACAUACAUGCAUACUUACGGACAUACAGAUAUAUAUACACCCGGACAUAUUUAGAUUCAUACUUGCAUAUACAUACGUGGAAGAGCACACCCACAGAUAUAUGAAAUACAUAUAUACAUACAUACAUACAUUUUAUAGGUUGUGCGUACUCGUAUAGCUGCACGCGCACACACACACACACACACACACAUACACACAGACAAGCUUUUACGUUUAUUGCUAUUUUUUGUUUAUUAUAUAGACUCCUAUUCCUGUAUUGAACGCGGAGGUAGUGUUAUGUGCAAAAGACUACACUCCCUUUUUUUUUUGAGAGAGAGAGAGAGAGAGAGAGAGAGAGAGAGAGUUAGAGUGAGAGAGAGAGAGAGAGAGAGAGAGAGAGAGAGAGAGAGAGAGAGAGAGAGAGAGAGAGAGAGAGAGAGAGAGAGAGAGAGAGAGAGAUGUAAGAUGUAAAAAUAAAGAAAGAAAAGAAGAGAGAGAGAGAGAGAGAGAGAGAGAGAGAGAGAGAGAGAGAGAGAGAGAGAGAGAGAGAGAGAGAGAGAGAGAGAGAGAGAGAGAGAGAGAGAGAGAGAGAGAGAGAGAGAGAGAGAGAGAGAGAGAGAU